AAUGAGAGUCACGUGCGAGUAGUAAGCGCUUUUUGGCCGUCGGAAAAGCAAUUUUGGUCGUAAAAAGUCGGUGGCCUUUUCCACUAUUUCUUCGUUUUCACCUUCAACUUCCAACUUUUUUUAUCUCCUUCCUCUAUUCUCUGUUCCUUCAAUCAUUCAUUACCCAUCAUCAAUUAUUCCAUAACAAAUUCACCUAAAUUCGAUUCCAUCAUCAUCCUCUUCGCCUUCUUCUUCUUCGUAAUUGCUGCUUCAAGAUUCACUUCACUCUCCUCUGCUUCGUUUUACGCGUUUUUUUUUUGGUAUCAGAAACAUUCUUUUGUCUCUAUGAUCAAGUUCUUCUGAUCAGAGCGAUAUCUGAUCUGCUGUGAGAAUCGAGUAUGUUUUGAUCCGGUGGAAUCGCGUUUGUUUUUAGUAGUUUUUCUUUUAUGGAGGCUAUUCGGAAGCAAGCCAGCAAGUUCAGGGAGCAGGUUGCGAAGCAGCAACAGGCCUUGAUGAUAAAAUUAGGGCAUUUCGGUACGGAACCAUUAUUGGCUGAUGAAGCUGAAAUCCAGUGCCAUCAGCAGCUUCAUAAUCUUUACAAUUCUACCAGGACAGCUAAGCAUUUUCAGAAGAAUCUCGUUCGAGGUAUUGAAGGUUUUAUUUCUUUGAGUACAAAGCAAAUGGCUAUCGUGAGGAGGUUAGCUGAUGACUGUAGCAAAUAUGGAGCCAAUAAUCAGAAUAGCUGUCCGGCCCUUGCAACGGCUGUUCUUAAUUUCAGUACGUCGCAUAGUUCAAUUGAAGACAAGAAGGAAUCUUUACUUGGAAUCCUGGGAGAUCAGGUAUGUGAUCCUCUACGUGCGCAAAUAACAGGGGCACCUUUGGAGGAUGCCCGUCAUCUAACACACCGUUAUGAUAAACUGCGACAAGAAGUGGAAAUCCAGGCAGCUGAAGUUUUGAGACGCCGAGCUAAGUCAAGAGAUUCUUCUAUUUCGGCUGAGAGUGCCACAAGGCUUGAAAAUGCAGAAGCAAGAUUAACUGAACUUAAGUCUACAAUGAUGGCACUGGGUAAAGAAGCAACCACUGCUAUGCAAUCGGUUGAGGCGCAACAGCAACAAGUAACUUAUGAAAGACUUCGUACUAUGGUGGACGCUGAGAGAUCUUACCACCAACAUGCCCUUACUAAUUUAGAAAUGCUGAAUUAUGAGUUGAUUCAGCUGGCGCAAUCAGAUGGGUCUUUGUCAACCGUGGCCCUUGCGACGGACACAAAUACAGUACCCACAAUUAGAAAUGGAGAGGAAAACGAUCAACCAUCUGAGUACAAAAAGACGACGUCAAAGAAGUCUGAUGCGCGUGGCCCUCUAGAUGAAAAUAAGGACUACAUUAUUGCAAAAGUUAUUCACCCAUUUGAUGCUCAGGCAGAAGGCGAGUUAAGUUUAUCCAUUGACGAUUAUGUUGUGCUUCGUCAGGUGUGGCCUAAUGGAUGGUCCGAGGGAGAAUGCAAAGGAAAAACAGGUUGGUUUCCAUCUGCAUAUGUCGAGAAGCAAGAAAACAUAUUGGCGACUUCUCGAUCUUUAUCUGACUCUAAAUCCCCAUAAAAUCUGCAUGAUUAUUGCAUUUUCUAUCAUGUGGUGCUGCCAAUGUUCGUUUGUGAUAUUUAUGAUGUUGAAUACCAAGUCUUUGAUAUUUUUUCUUUGUGCAGAAGAGGAUUUGUUUUUUUUUUGUUGAGUAAAAAGUAAAUGAUUUGUAAUUAUUAUUCAGUCUGUGUCUGUAUUAGAGAUUUUGAAUUUAGUUUGUAUUAUUCCAAAAUUUAUUAUUGUUAUUUAUUUGGUUGAUAAUAUUAAUAUUCGUUUUGAAAUUGUAGUUGGUGUAAUCCUCA